AUGUCUGCGGCUCCUGUACAGAGUCAGAGGCGCACAGAGCUGAGCUCUCAUACGGAGAAAACGAAGCGAAUCCCUCCACUGUUUGUCUCCAGCUUUAGUCUUACACCUAACACAGUAAUACUGAUCAAUCCUUCUUCAAAAGAACGAUGGGUGGUUGAUAUCGAGGAAGAAGAUGAAGAUCCCACAGAAUUGUACUUCAAAGAAGGUUGGACUAAGUUUGUAAAAGAAAACACUUUAGAGACUGGGGACUUCCUAAUUUUCAAAUUUGAUGGGAAGUUAAAAUUCGAAGUUAUUAUCUGUGGAAAAUCUGCCUGCGAGAAGUGGGUUGAGACUCAGGCAAAGGCACAGGCACAGGCACGUACUUAUCAGAAUCUCCACAGCCAAGGCCAUAGUAAACAGACAGCAUCAACUCAAGAUCGUGGAGAAAAUGGGAAAGGAAAAGAUCUAAUCGAUGUUGAAGAAAGACCAAGUCUUGAUGUUAUUAAGAUAAAGGAGGAGAGAGUAGAUUCUGACGUAUAUGGCACUAUUAGCCAAGAAACGUGCGAUGAAACGUGGGCAUCCCAGUCUGAAGAUGAGGAUUAUGAUGAUGAUGAUGAUGAUGAUGAUGAUGAUGAUUAUGAUGAUGAAGAAGAAAAGGAGGAGGAGGAGGAAGAAGAAGAAGAAGAAGAAGAAGAAGAAGAAGAAGAAGGUGAUGAAUUUGAUGAUGUUAAAUCUGAACCUCAUGGUUCUAUCUUGAAUAUUGGGGAGGACUACGGCAACUUGGGCUCCAAGAUCCCUUCAUUCAGCAUCCAUCUCCAGCACGCCUAUGCAAAAAAGGGUUGCAUGUGCAUGCCAACUGACUUCUUCCAUAAGUACAUGAGAAAAGAGAGACAAGAGGUGGAGAUUGAGACAGAAAAAGGAGUAUGGAAAGUCACAUUACUUCCCCACAUGAAAAGAACCAGAACAUUUGCUAGAUUUAGUAAGGGUUGGUCAGAAUUUGCUCGACAGAAUCGCUUUAUGAUUGGACAGGUUCUCAUUUUUGAAAUGAUUCGGAGAGGUAAUUGUCCCAAGUUCAUUGUUUAUAAGCAAAGGUAA